AUGAACGGGGGGAACUGCGGCCAGGGGACCAGCGGCUGCAACUGCUUCGACCUGGAAGUCGUGCUCGGGUUGUGCGUCCCGUGCGCGGGGGGGGUUAUCGGGGCGGAGAUCAACGCACAGUGCGUGGUGAACGGGUCGCCACAGGGAAGUAAUCUCUUCUCCGCGGGGACGACUUUUUGCCUGGCCGACGGAAAUGGGCAGCCCACGACGACGCCGUGCGAUCUGAACCCCACUUGUAACAACGCGGGGGGGCAGCAGUGCUUCGCUAGUGGGGGGCAGAAGUGCUGCCAUUUUUAG